UGCUGCCUCUCUUGUUUUUUAACUCCCUGUGAAGCUACAAAUUCAUGAACCUGAAGCACUGCAUGAGUGGAGGGGAGCCACUCAAUCCAGAAGUCAUGGAGCAGUGGAAAAGCAAGACUGGGCUGGACAUUCAUGAAGUAUAUGGCCAGACUGAAACGGGAAUAAUCUGCUCUGUUUUUAAAGGAAUGAAGAUUAAACCUGGAUCAAUGGGAAAGGCAGCUCCCCUUUAUGAAGUUCAGAUCAUAGACAAAAAUGCUAAUAUUCUGCCUCCAGGACAACAGGGGGAAAUUGCUGUCAGAAGUAAACCUAUAAGACCACUUGGUUUAUUCUCUGAAUAUGUAGAUAACCCUAAGAAAACCGCAGAAAGUGAACGUGGGGAUUUUUAUGUCACUGGAGAUAGAGGGACGAUGGAUGAAGAUGGAUAUUUUCAGUUUAUUGGAAGAGAUGAUGACAUCAUCAUUUCUUCAGGGUAUCGCAUUGGGCCAUUUGAAGUAGAGAGUGCCCUGAUAGAGCACCCAGCAGUGGUAGAAACAGCUGUUGUCAGCAGCCCAGAUCCCCUCAGAGGAGAGGUUGUGAAAGCAUUUGUGGUCCUGUCCCCAUCCUUUUUAUCCAGUGACCUGGAGAGUUUAACCUGUGACUUGCAGGAACAUGUCAAGAAAACUACUGCUCCAUAUAAAUACCCUAGAAAGGUGGAAUUUGUCCAAGAGCUGCCAAAGACAGUCACUGGGAAGAUCAAGAGGAAUGAAUUAAGAAAUAAAGAGUGGGGACGCAUGUAG